UGGCGGCGCUUCCGCUGCGGGCGCGGCGGCACCAUGAACUACAUGCCCGGCACGGCCAGCCUGAUCCAGGACAUCGACAAGAAGCACCUGGUGCUGCUGCGGGACGGGCGGACGCUCAUCGGGUACCUGCGCAGCAUCGACCAGUUCGCAAACUUGGUGUUGCACCAGACUGUGGAGCGCAUCCAUGUGGGCAAGAAGUAUGGGGACAUCCCUCGGGGCAUCUUCGUGGUGAGGGGCGAGAAUGUGGUGCUGCUGGGGGAAAUUGUAAGUGCACAGCUCCCGCUGCAGCCUGGCCCUGAGCUGGUUUGUCCGUCUGUCUGUCUGAAAUAUUGCUGUUCUGUUGGGCUGGAAUUGGAGCUGCCUCCAGGGCCAGUUCAGGCUGAGCCAUCACAGAAAUGCCAGCCUGCAGGGCAGGGGUUCCUCCUGCUGCCACAGCUCCUCUGGGUGAUGGGAAGGAUGAAGAAGAAUGCAGAGGGAGCUGUGGGGAAGCCCCAGAUCGUGUGGAGGGUGGCACUGCUGGCUGUUACCUCCCUGCUGGCUCUGCACCAGGGGACACCAUCUGGGAUGGGCUCAGGAGGAGCUGAGCCCCAUUUGGGGUCCCCAGGAGCCCCUUGCCCGGGCUGUGCUGGGGAUCCCUGCCCACAUCCCCACCCCUGAGUGCUUCCAGCACC